AUGGAUGUCCGACUCAAUCGCGUUCUGCGGCAAGUGUUGUUCAUCAUGACGGUGCCCCUACCCGCCGGGUCGACUUCAGUGUUGGCGAAGCCGACAAAGUACCACUACUAUCCACACAAUCAGCACAUCUAUUUAUUGCCUGAAUGCGCUAUUCAACAGGUAUGCAAUGCAGUGUACGUGCGUCUGAACUACACGCAGCCGCUGUGCGCGUGCCCUGCUCGGUACAGAGACCCGUGCUCCGCGAGCCUCAACGCCGACGACCUGCAUACUACGCGCCUCACCACCGACUCGAAAAAAAAGUUCGCUAGUAAAGCUGUUACACUAGUAAAGACGUGCGAGGCGGUGUCUGAGAUGAGAGAGUGCCGGGCGCCUAGAGACUGGUCGCUACUAGCACUACAAAACAUCAGAACCGGCAAAUCACACUACUUGGUUAUCUGUCGGUGUCCCGAAGACCACAUAUUAGAAGGACCCAUGUCACAUGAUCAGCCAACAUAUGCGUCUGUGCCAGGCAUCAGAGUGUAUGGAAUGAUGUGUGUGCGACCUACGACUGCUUACCAUUCUGCAUACCACAAGAACAGAUACACCGGCUUAACCGUUCAGAGUACCACGAGCGCCUACAAAGUGGACUAUUCGCAAUCACAUGGGUAUCCCGACAAGCCAGUGUACAACAGAUAUCACACACACAGCUAUACAGAACCUUACUACAACCGGAGAUCUCGAGUCGCAAGGACUAGACGAUCGCCAUCAGAAUACCCCCCAUUCCCAUGGUACAAAGUUAUGGAACUAGCGAGGUCAUUACAUUGGAUCAACUAG